AUGCAGUUCACCACUCUCGCUCUUCCCCUCAUCGCCCUCCUCUCUUUCGGAAGCGCUGCUCCCAGUGAGCUUCGUGACCGCAGUCCCGCUCCAGUCUCGAACCUCAUCCAGUACCCCGCUGACCACAGCAUCGAUAUGGUCAAGCGCGCCCAUCUGGAGGCUCGAUGCGACGUUAGUUGCCCUUGCAACUGGUGCGGCAUGACGAUCUGCUGCGAGUGUAUCGGCACAUGCCUCGAAGAGAGCUUGGCAAUGCGACACUUGAUCUUGCCCGCUGAGACAGGCAGGUGCAUGAACACAAUAGCCCUGGUUGGGUCCUGCUGGCAGAAACUUUCCGCAUCGACGCCUCAUCCUUCCUAUCUGCAGCAGCACGUGACACCUGCCUUCACCGAUCAAGCAUGA